GAUUCCGGUGUGCGUUAUCAGGCCCAAAUGUAUUACUUGGGGCUCGGGACGAUUGUGGAUACUCUGGCAGAUGAUUACUGUGGCAAUAAUUAACAUUUCAUUAUUUUUCCAUAAAAUGGUAGUUCAAAUAGAAUUGAUAAGAAAGACAAACUAAAUGUAGAUUUCAGCUUUGAAAGUCAUUUUGCGCGGCCGUAUUCAGUAUGGCUACUCGUUGAGUUUAAACCUCCACGGCUUGGACCACUACCAGCGAUCGAGCAGAUCUACUUGAUGUCUACCAGCGCACGAGUUAAUGAAGCGCUUGCUAUUCCAACUGUCAAAAACUGUCACUAGAGCUCGACCAUCAAGACGACAAAUAUGAAGAGGCUCGCUGUAAGCUUCCUAUGGCUGUGGUCCAAUCUGAUCUUCAGACUGAGGAGGAGGAUGACCACCCUGCAUAUAUGAAGAGAAAAGGAAGGGGCACAAAUACGCAAAUAUUCAGUGUCACUGAAAGUGAUGAUGAGGAGCCAAAGGAAAUGUUUCCACGCAAGGGCCAGUCAAACACCUCUAAGGGUUUGCCACCUGCACCAGUUAUCAGACCUCCAGAGGACAGAAGAGAGACACCUGGGAAUUCUGAUAGGCCAACAAGGAUUGAGCCAAACAUUCAACAACAGCAACAGCCAGUGUGUGAUCCAAUUCUUUGUGAGAUCUUAACCUCCAUAGAAAUUAUUAAGCAACAGCAAAAGCUGAUUUUGCUGCAGCUGCAAAAGCUUCAGGCGAACAGAUCAACCCUGGAUGAGGUUCCAGAUUUGACAGACCUUCGACUUCCAAUGUCCUCGCUGGAAAACUUGAGGAGAAUUGAGGGCCAACUUUCAGAUCAAGACUUUAAAAAUAACCUGACCAUAUAUUUGGGACUGUCUGGAGGGAUGACCACCAAGGAGAUUGUGUGGAGAAUCCUCUCAAAACUCCUUACAAAUGGCCUGGCCAUGAAAAUGAAUUGGAGAGGGGCCAAUGGGAAACAGGCUUUUGAACCUCUUGCCUUAAAAAGUGUUGUUAUCGGUGCAUCGCAGCCAUUCUGAAGUUCCUGAUGUGGAGAUAGAAAAAUACAUAAAACGAUGGAUGCAGCUAGCCCCUGACAGAGAUGGGGGGAGAAAAAGGAGAGAGCGAGUGAGAAUGACCAGACCUGGGAGGAGUGAUGGAGAAAACUGAAUGACUACCAGACCUUAAAUAGAAAGAAAGCUUAAGUAGUCAAAAUCAAUGUUUCUGUGAUGAAAAAAAAUGAAAUUAACAUUUAAAUUAAAUUCUUAAAGAGUCUUUCCUGUUUAAAUAGUAUUUUAGUAUUUUGAUACUUUAUGCAAGGCAAUUGAUCAGCAUUAAAAAAUUGGUGGAUGGGUAUAAUUUGUAUGUAUAAAAUGUAUAAUAGUAAUAUUUAAAAUGACUAAAUCGGGUAAUUGUGUAUACAUUUAUUAAAAUUAGCAUCGGGCCGCUUAUGGGGGGAUUCUGGUAAGAUGCCGGCAAAGUCGGCUGAAUUCCGGUAGACGGAAACACUUGGGCCGAUUCUGGGCAGUCAUUCAUUUUGAUUCCGGGCAGAGUCAAUCAGUUCCGGCCCCCCGGAAGAGGGACGCUUCUGUGCCGAUUCCUCAUUGCUAGCUUGGUCAUCACUAUUCUCUGACGACCUGCAAAGGUUCCUUAGGCUUCCUCUUCUUCUUAACCUUUAAUUUCACUACUCUACCUCCACCUUUUCCCACUCCACCACUCCACUCCAUCCCAUCCUCCUCAACUCCUAACCCACUACCUUUCCAUCCAUCUCUGCUCCAGUCACAGCCCAGUCAGUGUUGCUCAACCACCUCCACAGGAUUUCACGCUCCAAAACAAAAAACAAUCACAAGUGACCAUACUCUUCAUUCUAUAUCAACCUCCACCAGAUACACUCGAUUUACCUCGCCCAGUGCACAGAUUGAUGCGCGUCUCUUUUCUGUGACUGUCCAAUAUGAGCGCCAUAUGGAGCUAAAUCCAACGUACAGUAAGUUUUAGGUUUUCAAAGGUAGGCUCAGCUGUUUGAGCUGAUGGAGUCUGAAUUUGUGACACGUCUCUCAUAAGAAUGUGAACAUUAAAUUCAAAUAAUGUUUUAUUGAUAUACUGGUAUUUGGGUAAUUACACAUUUAGGCUACCA